AUGACAAUCCAAGCUUCACACUUCACCCCCGAGGUCUUACUCUCCGCCCCUCGCCGUUCUGCAGGCGCGCCCAACUCUACGGGGCAGUUGGUUCUCUACACGGUCUCGUCAUACUCGUUCGAGUCACACUCCAAGUCAUCACAGAUUCGUGUCCUGAGGCUCUCGGACGGCAGCUCUCAUCUCGUCUCGGAGGAUGCUACCGUCUACGAACCUGUGUGGAUUGGCGAAAACGAGAUUGCCUUUCUCAAACCGGCUGACCGUGGGUGCACUGCUCUCAUGACCCAGAAUGUCUUUGAGAGCCCCGAAUCCGCCUAUAUGAUCCAAUUCUUCGCCGGUAGCCUGUCAAAUCUUAAAGUCAAGCAGAUAUCCCCCACAAAAGCCUUCCUAUGCUGCUCAGCCCCGACCACGCCCAGUGGCGACAUGUACUGGCCCUCAGCAGAGCCCAAAGCUCAAUCCUCGGCCAAGAUCUACUCUUCCUUGUUUGUGCGUCACUGGGACACCUGGUCCACUGAGAACAAGAGCUCGCUCUGGUUCGGCACCCUGUUCAAGAAGGACGCCAAGUGGGUGUUUGAUGCCCCCGGGCUCACCAAUCUCCUGACCGGAACUGGCCUUGAGAGUCCCGUCCCCCCCUUUGGAGGCACCGCCGACUUUGACAUCUCAUCCACCGGCAUUGUCUUCGUCGCCAAGGAUCCGGAACUGAACCCGGCCAGGUUCACCAAGACGGACUUGUACUACAUCCCCAUCGAAGAGGGGGCCUUGAAGAAGCCCGUCGAGCCGCGCAUCGUCACGACUGAAGGACUACGCGGGUACAGCAUGAGCCCCAGCUUCUCCAGGGACGGCACAAAGGUGGCUUUUACGAGGAUGAAGUCGGACAAGUACGAGUCCGAUCGGCCUAGGCUGCUGCUAAUGCCCGACAUCAACAACUUGAGCCGGGUCGACGAGUACUUCAAGGACGACGAUAGCUGGGGCGCCAGACCCGACUGGAUAACCUGGGCAGACGAUGAUUCUGAGAUCUAUGUCGGUGCAGAGAAGCACGGCCGUGUCGUUCUGUGGUCGCUUCCUGCCAACGCCCAAACUAGCAAGCCGCCGCGGCCGCUAUUCGUCGACGGCAGUGUCGUGGAAGCCAAGACUCUCGGUGGAAGCAAGGGGCUUCUCAUCAGCUCCCGCUCCCUCGUCGAGAAUUCCAACUACUCUAUCUUGAACACGGACGAUGCGAGCAUCACCCAGGUCUCGUCGAGCUCUAAGAACGGCAAGAGUCUGGGCCUGAGCCAGUCGCAGUGCUCCGAUAUCUGGUACGAGGGGGCCGCGGGUUACCCCAACCACGCACUCGUCAUGAAGCCCUCACAUUUCGACAAGAGCAAAAAGUAUCCGCUGGCGCUGCUCAUCCACGGAGGUCCACAGUCGGCGUGGACUGACGACUGGAGCACCCGCUGGAACCCAGCCAUCUUUGCCGAACAGGGCUACGUGGCUGUGUGUCCCAAUCCGACGGGAAGCACGGGCUACGGCCAGGACCAUGUUGAUGCGAUUACAGGAAACUGGGGCGGCACGCCGUACCAGGAUAUCGUUAAGUGCUUCGAGUACAUUGAGAAGGAGCUCGACUAUGUCGACACGGAGCGCGCCGUAGCUCUCGGCGCGUCGUAUGGCGGAUACAUGAUGAACUGGAUCCAGGGAAAUGACCUUGGACGCAAGUUCAAGGCUAUCGUGUGCCAUGACGGUGUCUUUUCAACACAGAAUCAGUGGGCGACCGAGGAGCUCUUCUUCCCCGAGCAUGACUUUGGCGGUACGCUCUGGGAGAACAGGGAAGGGUAUGCCAAGUGGGAUCCUUCGUUGCGUCUCGACCAAUGGUCAACCCCGCAGCUGGUCAUCCAUAACGAGCUCGAUUACCGCUUGCCCAUCUCGGAGGGCCUAGCCAUGUUUAACGUGCUCCAAGCUCGCGAGGUGCCGAGCAAGCUGCUUGUGUUUCCGGAUGAGAACCACUGGGUGUUGAAGCCGGAAAACUCGUUGGUGUGGCACAAGGAGGUGCUGGGGUGGAUCAACCACUACAGCGGAGUGGCGGUGGAUGCUAAUCUGACCAAGGCAGUUGGAAAAAUGACUGUAUGA